AUGUCGGUCUUCCAAGACGUCGAAUCUUGCCAGGGGGUUGAUCCUCGUCCUGAUCAACAGUGCAGCCUCGACCAUGUUCCUUACAAAUAUGUACCUGCCCUCUGGCUCGGGGUCGCGUUUACUGCGUGUCACGCUCUGCUUUUCCUUACGCACAUCACCCUGUCUGGUUGGAGAUGGAAGCGCGGUGGCUUUAUGCUGCUUGCUGCGGUCUGCUCAGCGGGUGAAAUUGCCGGCUGGGCCUCACGAAUUCAGUCAUCGCUGCAUCCGUUCGACGUAGACGCCUACAUUGCGCAGCUAGUCUGCCUCAUCCUUUCGCCCGUCUUCAUCAGCGCCGUCAACUACGUCACGCUCGAGCGCAUCAUGGAUGUCGUCGGACAUGACUUUGCGCGCCUGAAGAAGCGGACAUACUUUACCUUAUUUGUCUCGGGCGACAUCCUCUCGCUCAUCAUUCAAGCGGUCGGCGGAGGACUAUCGGCAACGGCAAACACAGAACAUGCGCUCCAAAUUGGUAGUCAGAUUACGCUGGCAGGUGUCGUUAUUCAGGUGGCAGUCACUGCGCCGUUCGAGUUGCUAUUCGCCGACUUCCAUCUUCGGCACUACAUUCAAUACAAAAAGGAGAGGCAAAUUGCUGAGGCACAGCCUCUCGAUCUAUCCGCAUCAACGAUACCUUCGUCAAAGUUAGCGCCUCACUCCGACAAACUACGCAAGCAGAAGGAGCAGGAGCCACAGGAAUUCUUGUCGUACGGACGCUGGUCAAAGAGUGUCUUGCUGCUCAGCCUCGCAUCCACUUUCAGCACGGUGAUGAUUCUGAUGCGUUGCAUUUACCGUCUGGUCGAAAUGGCCCAAGGCUGGUCUGGGUUCCUUGCGUCGAACGAAACGUUCUUCACGAUCUUAGACGGUCUAGCCAUUUUCUUUUCAGUUGCUAUCUUUAUACCUUUUCACCCGAGCUUGCUGCUGCCCGACGUCAACAAAGACUACAAACGCUAG